AUGGCAGGUAUCAAGCUACAUGGAGACUACCUAUCUCAACCGGUGAGAGCUUUGGGAAUAAUGCUAAGGGCAUGCAGUAUUCCUUUUGAAUUUGUCUACAGGAAUUUUGCAAAGGGAGACUAUAAAAGUGAGGAAUAUACCAAACUAAACCCACUUCAGCGAAUGCCAACCUUGGAAGUGGAGGGAUUUCCAUAUAUAAUAGAAAGCAAUGCAGCACUUCAAUUUCUGGCAGAGUUAGAUGGAGUUCCUGAGCAUUGGUACCCCAGAGGUAGAAAGGAGAGAUUACUAGUGAACAUGUACCUGGCUUGGCAUGGACCUGAUAUGAGAAGAUGUAGUGCUGCAUAUGCUUGGCAAGAAUAUGUUGGAGAGUUUCUCGAAGGGAGAAAGUUUAAGGAAGAAGAUGUCCUGAAGGCCAAGGAGGAUAUGGACCAUAUGUUGGACCAGUUAGACACGAUAUGGCUGAAGGACAUGGUGUACCUAGCUGGUGAUGAGAUAACUAUUGCUGAUAUACAAUGCAUCACAGAAAUAGCCCAGCUUUUUCCUACUGGUUAUGAAGUUGUGACAAACAGACCAAACCUGGCAGCAUAUACUGAGAGGGUCAAGGCCAGGUUACAGCCUCAUUAUGAUAUUGUUAGCAAAGCCCCCAUUUCAGAACUCAGGGCAGGUUACAUUAAGCUGAAAUCUAAGAAAUAAUAUUUGUUUCUUAAGAAACUAUACCUUGCUCAUUAGUAUUGAUGGUGUGAUGACGCGCCAUAUUCGUAUACAUGUAAUAUUUUUGUAGGACUACGUAAAAGCUGCUUUUUUAAUAUACCAAUCUUGUUAAAAUAUGAGACUUAAAUAUACAAU